CUCGUGAUCUGGACAGGACGACCUUUUUUCCCCUGCUUAUGACGGAUUCCGUUAAGACGACUGAUCUAUGGGUUUGGCUGUCAAACAAAAAAUCGGUUUGUUGUGAGUGAGAAAGCGGUGAGAAAGAGCUGAGAAAUAGAUCCGUGGAGCGGGUGAUUGUUAUAUCGGGGGUGAUUCCGGCGGUGAUUCCUCGCGCCUGGGUCUGGAGCCAGGGCUUUGUUUUUGUGUGUUUUAUUGCGCUAGCCACGUCAGUUAGCUUGUGGUGAAAGGAAUUAGCCGCGGGGUGACGGUGGUUCCGCAGCGCUGGUGGUCCAACAGCGCGGAGAUCCGCAGGUUGAAUGCGCGCAGUUUGUGCACUGGAGCCGGUUCGCGUUUGUGUUCGGCGCCCAUCAAGUGUCUUAAACCGGGGAUAAUGCAAACGCUAAUAACACGGAUGCUAAGUGCCCCGUUGGCACAGAAAAGGACUGGGCUAGUCGUUUCAUCAUUUGGCUCCAUUUCCGAAUAAUAACAUUUGGAUUUGUUAGAUUCAUUUUAUUUGUUGGAGAGCAUUAAAGCAGCAGCAGUGUGAUUUGUGUACAAUCUGAUCGCAGGUCCAGUAUCUGGAUUGGACUAAAUGACAAGCGGAUUUGUGUUGAUGCAAAAGUUGGUGCAUUGAAAGUUUGCAUGCGGACAAUGUUUUUUCAUGCGUGUGUAUGUUGAUGCUGGUGUGUGUGUGUGUGUGUGUGAGUGUACAAGGACACGCCACAUCGACAGGGUUGCUGCACGCGUUGCUGUCCAUGCAAACAAGGAAAUGAAAUAGAGAAAGUGAAGGGAGGGAGAAAAAAAAACGCCAACUGUGCGGAAGGAGUAGAGACAAGGUGUGUGUGUGUACGCUGAAGUCGUCCUGUGAGGUUUUACUGAAACACGGAAUGUUUUAGUUUUAGUGUACUGUGAGCCAUUUUAUAGACAUGCGUUAAGUGGACGCAAAGUAGGUGAGAAAAAAAAGAGUCCGGUCGCGCGCCGCAACGUUUUUUUUUUGGUUCCGGUUCGGUUGAUUAUCGCCAUGGUCGGGUUCGUAGCGAAUCGUCGCGGUGGUCGGCUCCCGUCGGUCGUCCUGGUCGGCAUGAUGGUGGUGCUGGUGCUGCUCAGCUACAACUACUGGAGCGUGUCACGAAUGCACGGGCGCGCGCUGGACGAACUGGCCGAGGUGCACGCGCAGGUGAAGCGCACGGACGCCGCGCGCACACGCCUGGAGAAGCGCAACUCCGAGCUCAUGCUGCAGGCAGACACACACCGGCGUCAAAUCGACCAGAAGGAUGGAGACUACAAUGUGUUGGAGGGCAAACUGCAGGCCCGGGACGCACUCAUGAAGAAGUGUUUAGAUGAAAAGAUGAAGCUGCAGAGUGAAUUCUCACAAAAGACCACUGAUAUUAAUCAGCUGAAAGAGCAGCUAAAGGAGAUGAGAGAUGAGAUUAUUAGGCAGGAGGAGCAAGUGAGGGAGCUAAGGAAGAACAACACAAACCUUGAGAAGAAGAUGGAGUAUGAGAGCCUACAGUGUGGUCAACAGAUAGCGCAGCUUAAAGACGAGUACGAGGAGAGCAGGAAGCUGUUUGCAGAGAAAGCUGCCAAAUUAAAGAAGGACACCGUGGACACGCAGAAUGCCGGCCCUGCGGUAGCCCAGGCUGAUCGUGGUACAGUGACUGCAGGAGAGCACCACCCAGUGGCCCCACAGCAUCACAACAACCCCGAUAUUAAAGAUGAUUUGGGGAAACCAGGAAGUGAUGCUGGAAUGCCUGGUAUUGAAGACAGUGAAGUGGGAAAGGUAGAUGAAGUGCAGUUUGCUCUGAAAAAGCCAGCCAUCACCAUGCAGCAUGUGGAGCCAGCAGAGCCAGCCGUGGACAUUAAACCUGCCCGAGAGGGUGCGGGGCCCAAUGCUGGAGCUGAUGCCGCUAUUGCUGCUCCAGGUGCAGGAGCUGGUGCUGGAGAAGGACCUGGGUUUGAUGCUCCUCGUGGUCUUCCUCUGGACCAUCCUGACCUUCCUCAGAAUGGAGGAAAAGUUCUCCCACCGAUCCAGGAGCAGGUUCCCCAACCGAUCGUGGACAGACCUGUGGUGAUGAAUGAAGGCAACAAGGUAGACGUUCAAGCAGAUGAGUUUGGAGAGCAACGGCGCCAAAUGAGAGAUUCUGAGAAUCCAGGAGCAGCGUUGCCUCCUCCUCCGAAUCCUGUUCAGGUUCUGCCCAAACCCAUCGAACCUCGUCGAGAUGCUGCUCCUGCUGCACCACUCCGACAUCGGCAGAGCCGAUUCUUUGACGAGAACGAGUCCCCCGUAGAUCCGCAGCGCACCUCCAAGCUGGCGGACUACAAUGGGGACGAUGGCAACGUGGGCGAGUACGAGGCAGACAAGCAGGCCGAGCUGGCCUACAACGAGGAGGAGGACGGUGACGGUGGCGAGGAAGAUGCCCAAGAUGAUGAAGACCGGGAGGUUCCUGGAGAUCAUAGAGGGGAAUACGGCAAGCGACACCAAGCUAUCGACAUCCUGUAGCCUGAGGCUGGAGUCUCAACUAGGGACGUUUCCCAUAUUCAAGACUGGAUUACAAAAGACUGGAUUAGCAAAAUACUAAUAAUAGAAGAUAAAGGAAAAUUACUUGAACGUGCGUUUUAGCCAGAGCCGUGUUUCAGUACAGCAUGGAAAUGGAUGUAUCCGUUGAACUUUUAAGAAGGAAAUUUCUUUUUUCUUUUCUUUUUUUGGUCUUUCAGCAUUGACUUGAAAUAAAUUUAAAACUAUCUGAAGGAAGUGA